AUGAAAUAUCCCCAAAAACCGAAAUCUACCGAAUCAGCUGUUCUCGUAUCCUAUGUCCCGUCCAUGUCCUUGCUUUCCCCGAAAUACAAACUUGACGUAGAUCGGUCCCAUGCCAUCCUCAUGAUGAUGAAUGGGGGUUCUUUCCAGGAGGCGAAAAAAGAUCCAUCGGUUAAGAUGCCUGAAAUGGUAUAUCAUUGA